AUGGCUUCCUCUGUACCAUGCGACCAGCCCUUGAUAUCCACAUGUCAAACCAUUCGGGGCUGGAAACCCAGUUCGGUGCCUCAGCUGGCAUAA